AUGCGACAGCUGUGUACGGCUGCAGUGUUUCUUCUCGUCACAUUCAACCGCAGAGUUCUUGGCAUUCUGUGCAUCGACUGCAAAUACCUUGAGAUAGAUGGCGUUAGUGUGUUGGGUCCACUAGGAGACGUGCGCUGUAAUAGCAGCCACACGACCGUGAACACGACCGCCGAGUGCAGUGAAGGCUGUGUACAGAUGGGAUUUUCUUUUCGACAUAUAAAUAAACAGGAGAACCAUACGGUAGCCUAUAGCUUACGGUAUUGUGCCGCAAAGCGCCCCGAGGGAGACGGAUGUCGUUACAUGACUGGGGAUUACGCGCGAAAAGGCUCAACGGAUUUGAGAAUGAUAGGAUUCGAGAGGUUUUUUAGUUACUUCAGAACGGGAAAGUUUGAAGAUUUUGAAGGUGUUGAAUGCUACUGUAGUGAUGAAGACCGAUGUAAUGCUGAAGUGAAGAAUGUUAACCCGUUGCCGACUGCUAUUGUCAACUCUUACCUGCCAUGGGCCAUCAUAGCGAGGGUUAUAGCCUUGACACUAGUUAUCCUGAUUGCAACCGGUCUUCGAGUGUGGUGUCUGAAGCAUCCUAACAACCUCUAUGUUCUGAAGUGGAACUACAUGUUUUUCACCAACUGGCAAUGCUGUCCUGUGAGGGAUGAUGCUUUGUGUGUUACAAAGAAGGAUAUCUGUUGCCUUUGUUCACUGGCUUGCUGUUCACCGUGUUGCUGUAAGUAAU